CAGUAGGUGGCGGUAAUGCACCAUAACGUUGGAUGCCAAUCACCGAUAAACGCCACCGAAGAAGAAGAGUUCCACGUGUGUGAGUGCUCAGCUGCCAUCAUGGCAGAUCUUCAGAUGAGGCUUCUUCGGCAGAAAAUCCAGAAAAGAAGCGUAAAGAACAAAGAGCGAAAGCUACUUCAGAAACGGAAACAGGAGGAAGAUAAUGACGACGCAAACGGACUUCCAGAGGAGUGUUGUGAUGAAAGGAGUCAGGUGGCCACAGCAAUAUCAAAGCCACAGAAUGCCGAACCCACGAAUAAGCAGCAAAAAGAGAAGAAUGGGCCGGCAGAGGUGGACACAGAACAUUUUGUCAAGAAGAAAAAUAAAAGAAAGCUCAACACCACUGAACAGCCAGGUGUGAAAAAAGCGAAGAAGGAGGAGGAGGAGGAUGUGACAGAGGAGGAUGCUGAUCAGACCACAGACAAACCCACACAGCCUCUUGAACAGGGAGAUGAGGGGGGGGAUGAUGAAGAGGGAAGUGAGGAUGGGGCAGAGAUGGGGGAAGGAGAGAAGUUUGAGGAUACUGAGGAGGAAGAUGAACCAAAGCUCCCAUCUGGCUUGACAGGUGCGUUUGAGGACACGUCGUUUGCCUCUCUAGCGCCUCUGGUGAGUGAGAACACUCUAAAGGGUGUGAAGGAGAUGGGCUUUGAGCACAUGACUGAGAUCCAACACAAAAGCAUACAGCCCCUAUUGGAGGGAAGAGAUAUCCUGGCUGCUGCUAAGACUGGCAGUGGUAAAACCCUGGCCUUCCUCAUCCCUUCCAUCGAGCUCAUCUACAAACUUAAGUUCAUGCCCAGAAAUGGUACAGGUGUGGUGAUCUUGUCCCCAACGCGCGAGUUGGCCAUGCAGACGUACGGCGUGAUGAAGGAGCUGAUGACCCACCACGUGCACACCUUCGGCCUGAUCAUGGGCGGCAGCAACCGCACGGCCGAGGCCCAGAGGCUGGCCAAUGGCGUCAACAUCCUGGUGGCCACGCCCGGCAGACUGCUUGACCACCUCCAGAAUACUGCUGGCUUCAUGUAUAAGAACCUCCAGUGUCUGAUUAUUGACGAAGCUGAUCGUAUCCUGGAGGUCGGCUUCGAGGAGGAGCUGAAGCAGAUCAUCAAACUCCUGCCAAAGCGGAGGCAGACAAUGCUGUUCUCGGCCACCCAGACCCGUAAGGUGGAGGACCUGGCCCGUAUCUCCCUGAAGAAGGAGCCCCUCUACGUGGGUGUGGACGACAACAAGGACAACGCAACCGUGGACGGCCUGGAGCAGGGCUAUGUGGUGUGUCCCUCAGAGAAGCGCUUCAUGCUGCUCUUCACCUUCCUGAAGAAGAACCGCAAGAAGAAGCUUAUGGUGUUCUUCUCAUCCUGCAUGUCGGUCAAGUUCCACUACGAGCUGCUCAACUACAUUGACCUGCCUGUCAUGGCCAUCCACGGGAAGCAAAAGCAGACCAAGCGUACCACCACCUUCUUCCAGUUCUGUAAUGCCGACUCAGGCAUCCUGCUGUGUACAGAUGUGGCGGCCAGAGGCCUGGACAUCCCUGAGGUGGACUGGAUUGUCCAAUAUGACCCCCCAGAUGACCCCAAGGAAUAUAUCCACAGGGUGGGCAGAACGGCUCGCGGGAUCAACGGCAUAGGCCAUGCCCUCCUAAUCCUCAGGCCAGAGGAGCUGGGCUUCCUGCGCUUCCUCAAACAAGCCAAGGUUCCUUUGAGUGAGUUUGAAUUCUCUUGGGCAAAGAUCUCUGAUAUCCAGGGUCAGCUGAAUAAGCUGAUUGAGAAGAACUACUACCUGCACAAGUCAGCCCAGGAGGCCUACAAGUCCUAUGUGCGGGCGUACGACUCUCAUUCCCUCAAAGCGAUCUACAGUGUCAACACGCUCAACCUCCCCAUGGUGGCACAGUCUUUCGGCUUUACUGUGCCUCCCUACGUCGACCUCAACGUUCACAGCAAAGGAGGACUGAAGAUGACGAAGAGGGGUGGAGGUGGCGGCUUUGGCUACCAGAAGGGCAAGCCCGCUCACAAAGCCAAAAUCUUCAAGCACGUCAACAAAGGCAAGGGGGACAAGAGGCAAUUCUCACGCUGACCUGCGGUCCUUGGGGGGCCACUACAAAAUGGCUUCCUGACCUGGACGCACUCCCCUCUCAAUCUCUAUCUUAUCUAGAGACCCUGUAAUGGGCGUCAUGUCUCGCUCCCUAUUUGUAUGUGUUAGAACAGUCUUGCUACCUGUCGGAGGCCCAAUUUCCGCUUCAAUGCCUCCACCUGUCUUUCUGGACAGGUAUUUUGUAUCUAGUGACAGGGCUCUCUGUGGGCUAAUAACUGUUGAGACAGCCCCUGCAGUCCUUUACUCACAGAAGAUGUGGAUUUUUACCAAUGACUGUCUUUGAUUUAAUUAUACAGAACUGUACAUUGCUAAAUGUAUUUCCAUGAUUGUCAUCCUACUUUACUGGCUAAUUAAAACGUUUAUAUACACCCACA